GGGAUGAAUCGGGGAAGACCGCAGAGCUUGGCUCCUAAGAGAAAAGUGGGGGGCGAUUUUAGAUAAUGUGGAGGUCUAGGUAGGGUUCCUCUGGCUCAGUUGGGGGGGUGAAGGUGCCUGAGGAAGGUGAAAAGGAGAACCAUAAAUGGAGGCCUUUGCAAAAAGCAUUUGGAAAUUCCUUGGCAUCAGAUCGUAACGUGGAAAUGAGUUCUCAACAGUUUCCUCGGUUAGGAACCCCUUCGACUGGGCUGAGUCAGGCACCUUCACAGAUUGCCAACAGUGGCUCUGCAGGAUUAAUAAACCCAGCUGCUACAGUCACUGAUGAGACUGGCCGAGAUGCGGAUGUUGGUGCCAGGGAGCACACAUCCUCCAGCAGCUCCCUGCCACCCCGGGAAGAGAAACAGGAACCUGUUGUGGUAAGGCCUUAUCCACAGGUGCAGAUGCUGCCUGCACACCAUGCUGUUGCAUCGGCCACACCUGUUGCAGUAACAGCCUCACCAGCACACCUGACACCAGCAGUGCCACUUUCAUUUUCUGAGGGACUUAUGAAGCCACCCCCAAAGCCCACCAUGCCUAGUCGUCCCAUUGCUCCUGCUCCACCUUCUACCUUGUCACUUCCCCCCAAGGUUCCGGGGCAGGUUACAGUUACCAUGGAAAGUAGCAUCCCUCAAGCUUCAGCCAUUCCUGUGGCAACAAUCAGUGGACAACAGGGACAUCCCAGCAACUUGCAUCAUAUUAUGACCACAAAUGUACAGAUGUCCAUUAUCCGCAGCAAUGCUCCAGGGCCACCUCUUCACAUUGGGGCUUCUCAUUUACCUCGAGGUGCAGCUGCUGCGGCUGUGAUGUCUAGUUCUAAAGUAACCACAGUUCUGAGGCCAACUUCACAGUUGCCCAAUGCUGCCACAGCACAACCAGCAGUCCAGCAUAUCAUCCACCAACCAAUCCAGUCUCGGCCACCUGUGACCACCUCCAGUACAAUGCCCCCUGCUGUAGUAGCAACUGUCUCAGCCACCAGAGCCCAGUCUCCCGUCAUUACAACAACAGCUGCACAUGCCACUGACUCGGCACUGAGUCGGCCUACUUUGUCUAUCCAGCAUCCACCAUCUGCAGCAAUUAGUAUUCAGCGUCCUGCCCAGGCACGGGAUGUGACCACAAGAAUCACUUUACCAUCUCACCCUGCCUUAGGGACACCAAAACAGCAGCUUCAUACUAUGGCUCAGAAAACCAUCUUCAGUACUGGCACCCCAGUGGCUGCAGCAACAGUAGCACCUAUUUUGGCAACCAACACCCUUCCUUCAGCAACCACAGCUGGAUCUGUGUCACACACACAAGCUCCCACCAGUACAAUUGUUACCAUGACAAUGCCCUCCCAUUCAUCCCACGCUACUGCUGUGACCACCUCAAACAUCCCAGUUGCUAAAGUGGUACCUCAGCAGAUCACACACACUUCUCCUCGAAUCCAGCCUGACUACCCGGCCGAGAGGAAUAGCCUGAUUCCCAUCUCAGGACAUCGGGCCUCUCCAAAUCCUGUAGCCAUGGAAACCCGAAGUGAUAACAGACCGUCUGUUCCUGUUCAGUUCCAGUACUUUUUGCCAACUUACCCACCCUCUGCAUACCCACUGGCCGCACACACCUAUACCCCAAUUACCAGUUCUGUGUCCACUAUCCGACAGUACCCAGUUUCAGCUCAGGCUCCAAAUUCCGCCAUCACUGCUCAAACUGGUGUUGGAGUAGCAUCUACAGUCCACCUAAACCCCAUGCAGCUUAUGACAGUGGAUGCAUCACAUGCUCGACAUAUCCAAGGGAUCCAGCCAGCACCCAUCAGUACACAGGGAAUCCAGCCAGCUCCCAUUGGGACACCAGGCAUCCAGCCAGCACCCAUUAGCACACAGGGAAUCCACUCAGCAACCCCAAUCAACACACAAGGGCUUCAGCCAGCACCAAUGGGUACUCAGCAGCCACCUCCUGAAGGAAAGACUUCAGCAGUGGUGUUAGCAGAUGGAGCCACAAUUGUAGCCAACCCCAUCAGCAAUCCAUUCAGUGCUGCCUCUGCAGCAACGACCGUGGUCCAGACUCACAGCCAGAGUGCUAGCACCAAUGCUCCAGCACAAGGUUCAUCCCCCAGGCCAAGCAUACUUCGAAAGAAACCUGCCACAGAUGGAAUGGCAGUUCGGAAAACUCUCAUUCCUCCUCAGCCUCCUGAAGUGGCUAGUCCUCGAGUAGAAAGCUCCAUGCGGAGCACGUCGGGGUCUCCUAGGCCUGCAGGUGCCAAACCUAAAUCCGAAAUCCACAUGUCCAUGGCCACGCCAGUCACUGUGUCCAUGGAGACCGUAUCCAAUCAGAAUAAUGAUCAGCCCACCAUUGCAGUCCCUCCCACUGCCCAACAGCCUCCACCGACCAUUCCAACCAUGAUUGCCGCAGCCAGCCCCCCAUCCCAACCAGCUGUUGCCCUUUCAACCAUUCCUGGAGCAGUCCCCAUCACUCCACCCAUCACCACCAUCGCAGCUGCACCACCACCAUCAGCCACUGUGGGUAGCACUCUGUCCUCUGUUCUGGGUCCUCCUAUUCCUGAGAUCAAAGUGAAGGAAGAAAUAGAACCAAUGGACAUCAUGAGGCCAGUUUCCGCAGUUCCUCCAUUAGCUACCAACACUGUGUCUCCAUCUCUUGCAUUGCUGGCAAACAACCUCUCCAUGCCUACAAGUGACCUGCCACCUGGUGCCUCCCCAAGGAAGAAGCCUCGAAAGCAGCAGCACGUGAUCUCAACAGAAGAAGGGGACAUGAUGGAGACGAACAGCACUGAUGAUGAGAAAUCCACUGCCAAGAGUCUGUUGGUGAAGGCAGAGAAGCGCAAGUCUCCUCCCAAGGAGUAUAUUGAUGAGGAAGGUGUAAGAUAUGUCCCAGUGCGUCCACGACCUCCCAUUACUUUGCUUCGUCACUAUCGGAAUCCCUGGAAAGCUGCUUACCACCACUUCCAGAGGUACAGUGACGUCCGGGUCAAAGAGGAGAAGAAAGCUAUGUUGCAAGAAAUAGCUAAUCAGAAAGGAGUGUCAUGUCGUGCUCAAGGAUGGAAGGUUCACCUCUGUGCUGCCCAGUUACUACAGCUGACAAAUCUAGAACAUGAUGUUUACGAAAGACUUACCAAUCUACAGGAAGGGAUUAUCCCAAAGAAAAAAGCAGCGACUGAUGAUGAUCUACACCGAAUAAAUGAGCUGAUACAGGGAAACAUGCAGAGGUGUAAGCUGGUGAUGGAUCAAAUCAGUGAGGCCAGAGACUCCAUGCUUAAGGUUUUAGACCAUAAAGAUCGUGUCCUGAAGCUUCUAAACAAGAAUGGGACUGUCAAGAAAGUAUCAAAAUUGAAGCGAAAGGAAAAAGUCUAGAUCCAGAAGAAUCAAGAAUUUGAAACAGAAUUUAUGAAGAAUGAUGGCGGGGGUGGGGGGAGGGUUUGGAUAUUUUCAAGGUGGAACAUUCAAAUAAAGGAAGUGUUCCCUUCAGUCACACGUGAGAAGAGAGGGACCCACGGCAUCCAGUUGCACAAAAGGAUCAGAUCUGACAUGAAACAGUGAGCCUCAUUUUUCAGGCACAUCCCUGUUAAGCCUAUUCAGUGUCCUCUGAGACACAGGUGGCUGCUGGCAUUUUCCAGCCUUACGGUUUAUAGACUGUAUUGACCUGGUGGAUCCUGCCGGACCCAUACCAAGCCUGGACUGAAAGUAUCCACUUGGACCAUCUGUUAUCUCUUAUCUACACUGAAAAGAAAACCUCUUCUCUCUCCAGUCAGUUCUGUUUGAACUUCGGAUGUCCAACUUGGCCUUUUAUUCUAGUGCCCCGGCACCAGGAAACCUACCAUAUCAAUUCUUGUCCGUUUUUUAAAGAACCAUUUUCAAGUGAAGUUGUUAUGUUUUCUGUCCUGCGUGUGUCAGAAUUGGGUUUUUGUGGAAAUUCAGAGCCAGCAACACCACCAGUAGCUUUGAGGUCUCUCUUGUUCUGAAGUACAUUCUUGAUUUCUCUGUACUUCUGUAGCUGCUGUGAUGCUGUUAAUUGUAUGUACCAUACAUCUCCAAACAUUAAUAAAGGACUUGAAGAGGUUUUGUA